AUUAUAUCGCGUUUGGCUGUCAGUGCCAGCUAGCUCAUGCUAAGCUAACGCUAUGUGUAACAUCUGGACGGUCCGUGUUGAAGCGGCUUCCCGCUCUGCUCGGAGUUCCGCUUGUUUGGUUUCUCUGCGUUUCUUUCCGGGCCCUCACGAGCUGCUGCACGUGAACAUUAAUGACAAUUUUACGACAGAAAAAGUUCACAGCUAGCCAGUUGGCUAACAGGUAGCGUAGGCUGCUGAAGCUCAGCGGAUGUGACGGACUGUGGGCGGGACCUAUGAGCCUGGCGGAGAGAAAUGUAAACAGGUAGCAUGCACGUUCACCUGCCAGCGUCGGCGUUCUCCGCGGACCCGCGCUGGACCCGGUGUGACUGAUGUCAGAGGGCCGUGCUGCGUCUCUUCUUCUCUGCUCAGAUUUUCUGCAGCCAUGGUUGCUCUCAGGUAGACCGGUGUGUUUGUUUUCCGACACCCUUGGCAGGCGGCGGGCAGGUGAUCAUUCUCUUGUGACAGUCUCCCGGCGGCCAUGUUGGAGCGCCUCCUGCUGUCUUAAAGCCACCCAAUGCUGAGGUCGAGUUUCUCUCAUGACCACGUCCAUCUAAGUCGUCUCUCUCCACGUGUUGUCAUACGGAAUCGUGCUUGUGAAGUCAUCAGCUGAUCAUGGAGGAGUCCAGGGAGGAGGCUGCUGCCAUUGCUGACCUGGUGAUGAAAUGCGGAUCAGAGGAGCCGGCUUUCAGCUCACAGACUUUCUCCAAAGAAUGCACGUUAACCGUGACACCAGCGCACCUCAGAGCUGACGUCCCCAACACAAGUGGUGGCGCCGCUGAUAGCCCUGCGCUCGCCAAGCUCCCAAUGGAGGAGGAGGAAGAAGCCACACCCACACCUCCAGAAUCAUCGCCAAGUCUGUCAUCUGAAAACAUGACUCUAACCAUCGCCACCACCACAGAGGAACCCACGGAGGCUGAGGCAGGACCAGGUCUGGAUGUGGAGGAAAGCUCCUCGGUGGCGACGGCGGGUGGCUCAGACGACCAGCUGGAGUCCACGGACUCGGCGUCAUUCUCCAUCCCCAGCUUGGAGCUGUCGGAUGGGGUCGCGACCACAGGAAACUCCCUGGACGUGGAGGACGGCCUGUCGUCGUCGUAUUCGGCGCUGGGCGCGGAGGGCUGCUCGCCAUCCACUGAGGUCCCAAGUCUGCAGGAUGAGGCGGCGCUGGAAGCUGCCGGGGGUGCUGCUGCUCCUCCUGCUGCGGCACCGGAGCCUGGGCCCUCCAUGCCAGCGUAUUACCUGGUGAAGUGGAUCACCUGGAAGGAGAAGAAGACACCCAUCAUCACCCAGAGUGAGAACGGACCCUGCCCCCUGCUGGCCAUCAUGAACACGCUGUUCCUGCGCUGGAAGGCCAAGCUUCCUGCUCAGACUGAGGUGGUCACCACCGAGGACCUGAUGGCUCACCUGGGAGAGUGUGUGCUGUCCGUCACUCCCAGACAGAAGACCGACGGCAUGGAGCUCAACUUCCAGCAGAACAUGAGCGACGCCAUGGCGGUCCUCCCGAAGCUGUCUACGGGGCUGGACGUCAACGUGCGUUUCACCGGCGUCACGGACUUUGAAUACACGCCCGAGUGCAUCGUGUUCGACCUGCUGGACAUCCCGCUGUACCACGGCUGGCUGGUCGACCCUCAGAGUCCAGAGAUGGUGGCUGCUGUGGGCAAACUGAGCUACAACCAACUGGUGGAGAAAAUCAUUGACUACAAACACUCUGCAGAAAGCAGUCGAGUCAGUGAAGGUCUGGUGGCGGAGCAGUUUCUGGAGUCCACAGCGACUCAGCUGUCGUAUCAUGGCCUGUGUGAGCUCAAUGCCACGGCCAGAGAGGGCGAGAUCUCCGUGUUCUUCAGGAACAACCACUUCAGCACCAUGAUCAAACACAAGGGGCACUUGUACCUGCUGGUGACGGAUCAGGGCUUCCUGCAGGAAGAGUCUGUGGUCUGGGAGUCGCUUCAUAACGUCGAGGGGGACGGAAACUUCUGCGACUCCGAUUUCCGGCUGUGUCAUCCUCCUGAGAGAGCUCCACCCGCCCCCCACCUGCCGGCCAGCGCCCAGGAGCAGCAGCGGCAGAUCGACCAGGACUACCUGGUGGCAGUGUCCCUGCAGCAGCAACAGGGCGGGGCCCCAGGGCCCCUCAGUGACCUGGAGUUGGCCCGGCAGCUCCAGCAGGAGGAAUAUCAGCAACAGCAGCAACUCCAGCAACAGGGUUCAGUGCAGCAGGUCAGAGGUCAGGGGGCACAGCAAUCCAGGAGAAGAGACAAGGACUCAGACUGUGUCCUCCUGUAGACUCUUCAGUAACGCCGCCAUCAUCGUCGUCUGUCAUGCCGUCGGACUCCUCUGUGUGUCUGCGGUGGGCGGGUGAGGGGUCACGCUCGAUGCAAAACCUCCAAGCUUCCCCUUUGUUUCACAGGUCAAAGGUCUUUAGGACGCGCUCUUCGUCUUUAUUAACCAUCAAUAAAUAUCGGACAACGAUGAAGUGAUCAGACGGAGCUGUGGCUGAAACAACGACCUAUGAUUCUGCAGCUGUGUUAUUUCGCAGGUCCUCCUCUGUAGGCUUCCUGAAGUUGGCCACUCAGAAGAAAGUCUUAAAGGGGAGGGGCUAAAAUGGUUUGUUUCAGGGAUGGGAUGAGCUAAAGAGGAGUUCGUCUGAACUGUGAGUCAUAGAGAGCUGCUCUGGGCCGAUGCACAGAACACGUAGUUUUGAUUUGUUCCAAGCAGUCACACGGUCCGAAACAAAAUGUUUUAGCUCCUCCCCCUUUAACCCCAGUGCUUGUUAACCCCGCCUCCUCCUGUGGCUGCGGUUGAAGUUCCUGAAACAAAUGGAAAGAUGAUUCCUGCCUCUCUCAAACUUGGACAAAUUUGACUUCAUACAAACCAAACGACUCCAAGCUGCUGGCUCUGUGUAAGGAUAUGCCCUCUGUGACAUCACAAAGAUCCCAGAGUAGGAUGAAACAAAAUGUUAAGAAUGGAUGUUUCCUCCAAAUUAUUGAAAGUGAGAUGAAAUUAAAGAAAAACAUCUGAGUGCUGUUGUGCUGUAUGUAUUACUGUAGGCUCUACCUGAUGAGCACCUUCAGGCGACUGUUGUUGUGAUUUGGCGCCGUGAAAGUUAAACCAUGACUUCGUGUUCCCACGACGAGGACAGAAAAAUGAGGGUUUGGCUGUUUGGACCUACUGAAGGAGCCGAUGGUGAUGUGACACGUCAGACCAUUAUUAACCUCGAAUGUGACGGCUCCGUAAUUCUGCUUUAGCUAAAAACGGCGCACCGAAGCCUUUCACUGGUGUUUCCUGGGACCAGUUUGACCAGAACCUCCUAAAUAUUCAGUCUGAAGUUGCGAAGGAAAAAUAAGAUCCUGUGAUUCUCCGAGUGGUUGUUUGUUUCCCAGCAAAUUAAAACGAGGUGAUCAAGGCGUCAUCGGAAACGGUCGUCACAGUUGUGACAUUUGACCAAAUUAUGACAUCAAAGUUUGGAUUAAACACGUAAAAAAAAAUUUUUAAUAUCACUGAGUUUUUGUGUUUUUCUUUAAACAUUAGCCAUGACCGAUUUAAUCACCAAAAAAUUUGGUUUAAAGGAACAAAUGUAUACGCAUGUUGAGUUUCAUGUGCCACAGAUUAGCUUCUGAGUCACUGACUGGUUUAUUUUGUCCUCUUCACUUGCAGUGACUCAGUUUUUUAAACUUGAACUAAAGUCUUAAUAUAAAACUUUUACCUGUAAAUUAUUUUGUGGAACUUUUUAUUUUCAGCUGGUCAGAUUUUUCUGUCUGCCGUCAUUCACAAACAACGAGUGGACAGACCACCCCGGCCGUGAUGUCGAGGCAGUUUUCUGUAUUUUCUCUUAAAUCUGCUGUGGAAACAAACCUAAAACUCAGGAGGACGUUUUAGGUGAAAACCUGCUAACUGUUUGUCUCUGAGUUCAGACUUGGUGCAGUUUCUUCUUCAGAUCAAAGAAUUAAAAACUUAACUUGUUUAACGCCACAAAAGCGUUCCCCUCACGCCUGUCAGGGUUUUAGGCACGGACGGCAAAAAGAUGGACGUACCUACUCUGACGCCACCUGCUGGUUAGUGAGAUCGUCACUGCAGAACAGCAGUUCACGUAACCUCUUUGAAACGGGGCGAGUCCAGAUUUCACAGAUUUGUACCUGUGUCAUUAAUCACCCACACAGAGCCCACACACCUCUAUAGGGCCUGAAGUCUUUGCAGCUACAGCUAUCGCCAUUUGGUGGCCUUCAGAUAGAACACAGGCACUUUCUCUCUGGCUUAUUUUUUCAUACCUGGACGUCACCUCCAUGUUUUUACCGUCUGUGUUAUUUUAUUUAUUAGUUUAGUUUUCUUUGGUGUGACUGUUGGCCCGCCGCUCUGUUCAGGCUUUGUUUAAUCUGCCGUCCUGUCAGGUCGUCAAUAAAAACUCUGAAUUUGA